UCCCCAUGACCAGCGGCCGCCCUACUUACAACGCCAACGAGAAUCGAAAGUUCGAUGGCUGGUCCACCGUCUACUCCGCUCCCAACCGGCUCCUGUAUGGCAGUGUAAACUGCUGGGCCACCGUCCAUAAAAGCAAGCCCGCUGGGCCUUGUCCUCUCCCGCAAGCGACUGAACAGAAGUGACCAUCUCCAUCGAAGCUGUCCUGUACCUAUCGAAAACGACCCACACCAUGACCAAGACCACCUUCCAGCAGGCCUGCGAGGCCUACAUUGAAGCUCACGCUCAGAAGAGACACUACUCUGGGGCUGUCCUCGUUGCAAAAGGGUCCGGUCGAGACGACCAGGAAGUUCUGUUCUCCAAGGCGUACGGGCUCGCCAAUCGAGAAUGGGACGUGCCAAAUACCAUUGACACAAAGUUCAGGAUCGGCAGUGUGACAAAGCAGUUCACAGCGGCGGCCGUCCUUCGCCUGGUGGAGCAAGGAAAGCUGGACCUCGACGCCCCCAUGUCAACAUACCUGUCCUCCCCAGUGUUCCCUGCCGACAAAGGCGAUAUCCUGACAGCGUUCCUCCUCCUCACCCACCAAAGCGGGCUACCAAAUUGCACCGAUUUGCCGGAAUACGAGAGCGCCAUUGCUCGCAAACUGCAUGCCGCCCCUGUGGACACGCUCGCCUAUUUCAAGGACUUGCCGUUUGAGUUCGAACCGGGGACAAAAGUCGCUUACUCCAACUCGAACUAUCAGGUGCUGACCGUCCUCAUUGAGACCGUCUCGGGCGAGGGCUGGGUCGAUGUCCUGCGCAAGGAGGUUCUGGAGCCGCUCGGUCUGAACGACACUGGCGUAGAGGUCUCUUCGAAGCUGCUGAAACACCGUGCAAGCGGAUACGAACUGGAAGACGGAAAAAUUCAGAACGCCUCGUAUGUGGACAUGGGCUUUCCCCUCGGCGCCGGGGCCAUGUAUUCAACCGUCGGUGAUCUGCAUCGCUGGACCGUCGCGCUCGCCGAACCCGGUCGACUGCUGAGCCAGAAAUCGCUGGACCGCAUGUAUAAUGUUCCCGCUGUGUUCCCUGAUCCCAAGAACGAGAACACAUGGUGGGGUUGCGGCCUGAUGUGUGAAAUGGAUGCGACGGGGCUCCGUCGCAUCGAGCACGGUGGUUCCAUAAAUGGUGCGUUCAAACGUCCCGCGAGCUUCAGCUUCCUCAUGUGUGCAGGUUCUUUUGGACGGCGGUCCCGUUCCCGGGGACGCCGUUGAACCUACAUUUACCUCUCUCUGUUUUCACUCGUGCUUAUCCUCAUUCGUCUCACCCCCAGGCUUCGUCUCGAAGGUCGGUCGCAUCGAGCUUGCCAACACAUCGACGGCAAACGAGGAGACUUCCGACGACGCCUCUUCAACCGGCAUCCAGGAUUCCCUCAUCGUCAUCGUCCUCGCCAACAAUGGUGGUUGCGGUGUCGGCGACAUCUACUCCACCCUCCCCAAACUGUACGCCGGUGAAGAGGUAGCCC